UAAAGGCGCACGGCGAGAACGGCUCAGUCGCGAUUGUCAGCUUGCCGUGAAUGGUAUUUUAGCAUUAAAACGCGGACGGACGGACACUGUUGCCCGGAGCUCGCGUCGAGAUCGCGCUAAAGUUAUUUAAUAAUAAUAAUAACAACAACAUCGUUUGCACAUAUAUUUGUAGAUAUAUGUAUAUAGCACAUAACUCGCCGAGAUAAUACGUGCGCGGGGUGGAUGUGUGCGUGUGUGUGUUUAUAUUUCAGCGGCAGAGUGUGUGUGUGCUAGCUAUUGUUGCCAGGGGUGGGAAGUGGGAGCUGAUCUGACUGAUUUGUUAUUUUUGCAUAAAUCAAUUUCGAGAGCGCGCGCCAUCAAUUUCCGUGCGCGCAGAUCUGUUCUAGAUGAUGUCGCCGCAUGCGCAGCCGAAUCGAGUUUGUGUCCUAAGUCUUUCGUUUUCGGUUUGAUUUUUCGCUAACUGGAGUGCUAGCUCCCCGUCCUGACACCGUCCCAUGGCUCUGACGAAUUUCUCGCUGCCUUUCGGUGCUCUCGGCCAGCAGCCGUGGGGUGUCACCUUGGCCCCCCUCCAUCCCAUCCAUCAGCUGGCCAGCAAUACCAAUAAUCUCCUCUACUCGCCGGCCGACCAUCAGCAGCAAUCUCCAGCAGAGGCAGCUGGCAAUCCUCCCGACUACUUUAAGAACAAUCCCUAUGCUCCACCCCAAGCUGCUGCCGCGGCGGGCGGAUAUCAAUAUCAGAACACCGGUGGCAGACAUAAGCAGAACAAUGCCUAUUUGCCGCCCACUGCUCCGAAUGCGGUCCGGAAUUCUGUGUACCAUAUUCAGCAGGUGCAACAGGUGCAGCAGAGCCAGCAGCAGCAUCAGCAAAUCACCCAGCAGCAGCAACAGCAGCAGCAGGACCAGAACGAGAACAGUGUAUCCUUUCAGAGCACAAGUUCAAGGUCGAGCAGCAGCUCCGGCCAGAGCUCCAUCCAGCUGACACAAACUCACUCCAGUGGCCGGGGCCCGGGGGAGGGCUCGUACACCCGAUUCCCGGGACAACCUCCCCAGCAGCAGCAGAAGCAAUUCUACAAUGCCCAUGGCAGUGCCAGUGCCACUUUCACGAAAAACACUGGCAGCUUUAGUAUUACCAGCUAUGGCAGCAGGCAGCAGCAGCAACACCAGCAACAGCAACCGCCAUCGCAGCAACAGCAACCACCCCCAGCACCGGCCCAGCAGCCACGUUCUAGGCCAACCAAACCGGAGGCACCCCAGCCCGCCCAGACCUACGGAGUGGCACCUCCGGAAAAUUAUCCUGAACGAGCUCCGGGCUUUACAAGGGUCCAGGCUGGUCAGGGUUCCAGGACUCAGGUGCAUGCGGUGAUUGACUAUGAUGUGGAAGAGGGCGAGGAGGAUGAGGAGGAGGACGACGAGGAACUGGGGCCCAAUAAGGAUAGCAAUCAGAUGCCCACGGUGACGCCGAUCCAGGGACCGAUCUACUUGAAGAAUGGCACGGUGCCGGUGGUGCCGCUCUUUUCCUAUCCGAAGCUCAACAAUGGAUCGUUUCUACAGAUUCCGAUCUGGUGGACGGCCCUGUCGGUGGCUCUGGGCCUGGACGUGCGGGGCGAUGUCAUCAAGGGAGUGCCAUGCAUCAAGCGAUACCAUCAGCUGUUCUGUCCCACAGCCGGAAAUAGUUAUCCCAUUGACAAAAUCGAACGAUUCAUAGACGACAACAAGGCUCUGAUGCGAAGGAUGUACGGGGACUUUGAAAUGAACAUGGAAGGUCCUGCUGGGGGCGGAGGAGGAGGCGGCCGGCAACAGGCUAAGGCGCGAAAACGUCGCUUCAUAGACGAACCGGAUAUAUUCAUACCACCCGGAGCCUUUGCGGCAAAUGCCGGAGAAUCCGUGGAAGCUGGUGACAGCUAUUUUGGGAAACUCCGGAACAAGCGCCAAGCUGCCGCAGGAGGAAGUCGCAAUAGAGGCGGAGCUGCCGUUGGAGGAUCGAAUAGCAAUGGAAACAGCAAUGCCAAUCGACCUCAAGGCAAUGGAAAUUCUGGCACUGGGAGACUGGAUGCUUGCGAGUCGAAAAUAGAAAUUGUAACACCCUAUUGGGCAUCGAAUUCUGCCGGAAAAAUCCGAGCCAUUGUUAAUACUCAGCAUUUCGAACAGGCCAUACACCAGGAGGUUUGCAGUAACACACAAACUCCCCGAUGUGAAGGAGAAUGUGGAUGCGAACAAAAGUAUAAAUGGCAUCGACUGCUCGCCUACGAUCCCGAUAACGAUUGCAAGGGCAUAUUUAUGGAUUGGUUCCUGUUUCCUUCGUGCUGUGUCUGUAGAUGUAAUCCCUAGAUCAACCGACUCUCAGCAAUUAAUUAUAUAAUG